UCAAGAGAGUUUUGUUUUGUAAACUCACUCUUGUUUUGUUUUGUACAUUUCAGUCAGCAUUUGUUUUGUUUUAAGAAAAACACCCGUUUUGGUUAGGUAUAACUUCAGCCUUCUUUCAGUCUGAUCAGUAUUACUAUUGUUACCUCUCUGCUUUGUUGUUUCACUGUGUAAAAACUGAUUCUCUAUAUCACAAAAUGCCACGGAUCGUAUUUUAAAACUUUUUUUUUGAAGGUUCCAGUGACAUGACUUCAAGGCCUCUCAGUAGAAUUCAAGAUUAGAAGUUGCAAGCAGCAUUUUGGAACUGCAUUUCACCUUCCCAAACCCUUAAAACGUUGACUAAUUACAGAUGCUUCUGAGCUUUAUAAACUCGUGAGAGACCAUCUUCAGUUUAGCAUUUAAAGUAAAGACUAGUUACUGUGGGUUCUGUCAGUAUCAGGGAAAAAGUUCAGAAGGAGUCCUUUUUUCUUGUAUUCCCCUCUGCCCUCCUUGUUUCUCUGAAUUUUUGUGAGAUCUUACCCUGAAAACGAACUAAAAAUGACAGCAUCAAAUUGGGGUCUGAUCAUGAACGUGGUGAACAGUAUUGUGGGAGUCAGCGUUCUCACUAUGCCGUUCUGUUUCAAACAGUGUGGGAUUGCACUAGGUGUCGUCCUACUCUUUUUCUGCUCCUGGAUGACUCACCAGUCCUGUAUGUUCCUGGUGAGGGCAGCGAACACCAGCAAGCGAAGGACGUAUGCUGGCCUUGCUUUUCACGCUUAUGGAAAAGCAGGAAAGAUGCUGGUAGAAAUGAGUAUGAUCGGUUUGAUGUUGGGGACAUGUAUUGCUUUUUACGUGGUUAUUGCUGAUUUAGGAGCCAAUUUCUUUGCUCAAUUGCUUGGAUUUCAGGUAACGCAGGGAUUCCGUAUGUUCUUCCUAUUCGCAGUGUCUAUUUUUAUAGUACUCCCACUGAGUUUGCAAAGAAACAUGAUGGCCUCUAUCCAGUCCUUCAGUGCCAUGGCUUUAAUCUUCUACACACUCUUCAUGUUUGUGAUAGUGCUGUCCUCAUUCAAACAUGGCCUUUUUAAUGGUCAGUGGAUGAAGCGGAUCAGUUACAUUCGUUGGGACGGCAUCUUUCGCUGCAUCCCUAUCUACGGCAUGUCUUUUGCUUGCCAAUCCCAAGUGCUGCCUACAUAUGACAGCUUGGAUGAGCCGUCUGUGAAAAGGAUGAGCACUAUCUUCACGUCGGCCCUGAAUGUGGUUAAUGUGUUUUACAUAACUGUUGGUUCUUUUGGUUAUAUCAGUUACACUGAUAAUAUUGCUGGAAAUGUUAUGAAGAACUUUCCUUCCAACCUGGUUACAGAGAUGAUCCGUGUGGGAUUUAUGAUGUCAGUUGCAGUGGGAUUCCCGAUGAUGAUUUUGCCUUGCAGACAAGCUCUGAACACAUUUCUAUUUGAGCAAUUGCAGCAGAAAGAUGGUACUUUUGCUGCAGGCGGGUAUAUGCCACCUCUUCGGUUUAAGAUCAUUACAGCUGCUAUAGUAUUUGGCACCUUGUUAGUUGGAAUUCUGAUUCCUAAUGUGGAAACCAUCCUUGGAUUGACCGGUGCCACCAUGGGGAGCCUCAUCUGUUUCAUCUGCCCAGCGCUUAUUUACAGGAAGAUCCAGAAGAAUGGUUUCUUUUCACAGAUUAUCCUCUCGGUGGGUCUUGUUAUUCUGGUAAUCAGCACACUUACUACUCUGACUACAACAAAUGAACAAACAAUAACCCCCGAGAAGCUUGCACAGGAUACAAAUCCAGAAGAACUGAAGAAUGAAAAUGACCUGCAGAGAAUUUCAGCUCAGAACAUUUUGGCUAAGGAUGUUGGUGACAAUAGAGAUCGGCCAAAGUUGGAGGAGAAGGAUGUCGUGGAGCAACCUCAGAUAAAAGUUCCAGUAGAUUUGCCUGAGGCCAGGAAAGACAAAGAGGAGGAAGUACAGCUGGAUCGUCCUGACCAAGGGCUUGCUCACCCGGUGGGAGAGGCUCACAGACAUGAACCUCCAAUUCCACGUGACGAAGUCAUUGUCGAUGAAGGAAAGGAUGGAGAUGAAUCAAAUGAGAAGAAGGCCCCCGUAGUCACAGCCAAGCGAGAAAAUUAUGGCCAACCGAUGGACAAAGGGGUGAACGUUAAUGAAGUCGUCAAGGACGAAGUGAAAGAAAGAAAAGAAGACGAUGCCGCCAAAAUAAAAGAACCAAGGAAAGAGCUCGAAAGCAACCUCAAAGAUGCUGAAAAUGCUCCCAAGGUUGAUUCUGAACACAAGGAACAACUGGUCAACAGGGAAGCAUUGGUGCAGGGGCAAGGUGGGAUAAUUCAGCCAGGUAUAGAAUUGGAACCUGGAAAGUCAGAGGACGAUCCCAGAAAAGUACCAGCAGAGGGUCAUGACGGCAUUAAAGAACACGUGAAGGAUGGAGAGCAUCAUCUUGCAAAUGGUAACGAGAACAAUUUGGUGCGUCAGGAGAAAGAUGAAGCUGCUCAGUUGCCGCAUGUCCGUGAUGAAAGGGACAGUGAAAAUGCAGAAGCGAAGCAGGAUGAGGUCCCAGCUGAAGGACUAGAUGAAGAUGGUAACCACUUGGACCACAUGGUUCUACUGAAUGUGAUCAAAGAACAGCAGGAACAGCAAAAGCGAUUGCUGGACCAACAGGAGAAACUUUUGGCAGUCAUUCAGGAACAACACAAGGAGAUUCACCAGCAGAGGGCAGAUGGGGAAGACGAGAAGGGUCAGCAAGAUAUGAAUGAAAACUCUAUGCAGAAAGAAGAAAAUCUAAAUCAAAAUGAAGUCAAGAACAUGGAAGCUGUUAAUGAACAGAAGGUAGACAAGCCUGAUGCAAUCAAUGUUGAUUCCCAUGGAGACGCAUCCAUAGUUGGUCAGAAGUUGCCACCUGCUAACCACAACCAGAAUAUUCUUAAGCCUAUUAUUCAGGAAGUUCAUGACAGUGCCCAAGAAAAGCUGUCUCAUGGUCACGAUGCUAUCAAAAAUAUCGAGAUUGGUGAUGUUGAUGUUCACAAAGUUGCACCUAAGGUUAGUGAUAGAGUUAAUAAAGAACCAGAAGGUGGAAGAAUUGAUCUGGAGCCAAAUGCUGCAAUACCAAGGGCUAUUCCAGAUGUUGCUGCCCAAGGUGGUGUUAAAUUUGGAUCAGAAACAGGAGUUAAAAAUCCAAAUGUUGCCUCAGAGAAUAGGGUUGAAAGGGCUGUCCCAGAAAUUGAGAAUAGAAAUGCCAAUGUUGCCCCUGAUACUAUUGCAAGAGAUUCUAAUCUUGCUCCAGGUCAGGGACUGGGAAAUUCUCGAGAUGGAGUACACAUUGUUACAAAGAAACCUUCAAAAGAAGAGUACAUCAAAAAACAUGGGUACGAUAAGAAUGAAAGAGACGUGAAAACCAGGAAAAGGGAACGAUUGCAGGAAAGGCAGGACCCACCUGGUAAGCACAUGGACGAUGAAAAGAUUCACAAAGCUGUCAAUCCAGUUAAAACUUACAAAGACCAAAGCGAACAUCUUAUUGGUAAUGCACAGAGAUUUGGGGAAAGAAAAAUUGAGGAAACUCUCGUGAAUAUUCCAAAAGAAGAAAGUGAUUUAGAUAAACACUAUGUUGACCCCGAGCACAAAGAACCACAACACAAAGAAAGGAAACCGAGCCAGAAAAAUGAUGAAUUCAAGGAUCUUAAACUUGAUGGAGCAGCUGAUCUUCGUAGAAGGAAGAGGGACAUAAGAUUAAACGAAAAUUAUGAAGACAAAAUGAUCAUCGACCUUAAUCCCGUGCCAAACUUGAAAAUGGAUAAUCUCCGAGGUGCACUGGAGGUCCAGUUCAAUCCGGUAGCAGGUGGGUCACUCCAUGUAGUUCAGGGCCGGAACAUAAAGCAAGUAAUAGACACAGAAAGUGACACGUGAUGCAUCUCAACUUCCUCUCACGUCUAAUCGGAAUGAAUAAGGUUUACUGGAAUGUCUCUUGAGAUAAUUUAAGUUGCCUUUGUAUCUCUUGUACAGCCCAUAAAGUAUUGUUUUGUAUUACAUUCUGCCCAGGGAAUUUCAUAAAACCGACCAAUUCAAUAAGAAUGUAAACAGAAUCCAAAUUACAGAAAAAGAAAGUCCGAAUUUAGUGAUCUGGUCAGACCACAAAUGUUUGGAUAAGGGGAUUAAUGAUUAACUAUGUGCAUAACCAGGAAAUUUUAAAAGAAGAAAGAUCUAAUGUCUUGCCUUUCUACCUAUUUGGGACCAGUAAUCAUCUAGAAGUAAUGUUGUCUUUACUGUGACUUGUGAAAUUUUGAGUUCCACACAGAAUGAUUGUAUCAAGGUCAAUUUCAAACCUAUUGAAUGCCAUUUAUUAGAAUUUUCUAUUUCUCUCAGGGACAAUAUGCCCUUUCAGCUUAUAAGAGUAAGCUCUCUUGUCCUAAACAGCUAUUGAUUUGAGCUGUUAAUUGUAUAUUUAAUAAUGUAAAUGGUUAUCCAAUUAAUGCUUCAUUAAUUUACUUGCAAUUGGUUUAAUUUGUCUACCUAAACUAUUACUUAUUAUCACUGCUGUGAUUUUCAAUAUUUGAUUUUGAACAUUGAAUAUUUCCCACAUAAAAUAAUUGUCUGUACACAGAUUUACGCAACAUGCAAAAAUAUAAGCCACAAGUAACAGUUUAAACAUUUUAAACAAUUUAUAAACUUGUGUUUGGUUGAAUGACUUCACCAAAAUGCCAAAUUUCUGAAGGCUGUGUAAGAAGGGAAUACCUAUAAAUAUCUAAUACAAUUUAACAGUCUGUUAACUUGUGGCUUAAUUUUUUUACUCAAUAGAAUGCUCAUCUAUAGCCUUUCCAUACUUAAGUCUAAUUUGCAUGUUGUGUAAAUCAUGUGCAGACAGAAUUAUGCCCUUAAUUGUCUAAUAAACCAAAUAAAUUGUACAUUGCAUAAUUAAGGGAACCUGUAUUUCCCUCUAUGUUUCAUGUGGUUUAUCCAACUUGCAAAUUUGACACAAUUGUAUUUGGGUUUUUACUUGAGGUUUUUUCUCAAUGCACAUUCCCAAUCAAGGUGUAGGUGCUUUGAAAUUCUUCAAAGGUCAAUUUGCUUUACAAUCUUUCAAAACUAUGUAGUGCAUGUAGUUUUAAAGAAAUAAGUCAGUAUAAGGUUCAAUAUACUUUUGAUAGUUCACAGGCUGCUGCUGCCACCUUUGCUGCAUUACUGGGCUCAUGACCAGAAACAAUGUUUUAUCACUGAAUAUCAAAUCCCAAUAUCUUCCACGGUUCAGUGAUCCCAAUAAGGAGUGGAUGAUGCAGUUGAAGAUGGAUGAUAGAACAUUGUGUUGUUUCGCCUGCACUAAAAUACAGUGAAGUUAGGCUCAUAAUAAGAUAUCAUUGACAGUGACUUUGUGCUAAAUUUAAUGGGGAAAAGUUGGUCUAAUUUUUUUGAAAAUGUACAAUUGAGUACAUUAAAGAUGCAAACUUUUUUUUUAAAAAAGGAACUUUUGUUAAUUUCUCAGCCUAAUUUCUAGCAGCUCAGUAAAACCAACUUUUUCUGUAAAUGCAGAGUUCAAAAAUGUCAAUAUUUUUGGAAAACUGUUACCCAACCAAAUGUAUUAACUCUAUGACCACCAUCAUAAAAUGUCCAAAUAUGAGUGUUGGUUGAAUUUUUCUGGAAGAAAAAACAUUGUGUGCCUAACAUUAUUAGGUUUACAGAAGCUGGUGUCUGUGUUCAGUCACCUUCGUAUAAUAAUUAUUGUUCACCAAACCAUUCUUUCUGAUUUUAUCUAUUUUACGUUGAUGCUUGUGCUUUAUAUAUUUAAGUUUCAGCAAAAUUACAAAUCGAUAGAACCUGCCAAUGUUAUAAUAUACUAUUUUCUUAAAAUUAUAUUCUGCACCAUCUUGACAAAGAGGGCGAAAAAGGGCUGUUAGUGCACGGAAAUGGUGUAUAUCAACUCAUCCUCUGAACUUUACAUGUGGAGAAGUGCCUAAGUUUCACUUGGUAUCUUUGCUGAAGGCCCAGCCAAGUUGCGAGCUCACUAUGUGAGUAUAACUGCUUCCUUUUGCAAGUUUCACCGGACACGUUUUACUGAGGACAUUUAAAUCCAAUUCACAAAAUUGUGCCUGAUUCAAGUAAUUGAAAUGUUUUUGCUUAUUUCAAUUAUUUUGCAACUUUUUCUAUCUUCUGAUGUUUUAUUCCCUGCAUAAUGCUGAUUAGAAUUAAAACAAUAAAGAGGACAAUGAUGAUAGCUUAAAAAAUAGUGCAAAACUGAAGGUCAGUUCUUUAGCCUAGCCUGAAUUUGGUUCCAAAGUUCAGCUGGGGUCAUAUUUGCCUUUCUAUUUUAAACCAAUUCCAUCCAUGUAUGUUUGUGAUUUUGUAACUUGCUUAGUAACCGUCCUCGGUAAAGAUUUGCCAUCCUAAUUGAGGAUAACAUUUCAACAUUCAAGUGAGGGGUGAUUAAAUUCAUAUCCAAAGACCUGCAAAACAAAACUGGGUGAUUGUGAAAGUUGACCAAAUCUUUGGCAGGUUAAGGUACGAAACAGAAAAGUGAUGUCAAUCGAAUUAACAUUCCAAAUGAGUCAUAGCUAUCAGUGUAAGUGAAAUGGAACAUAUCUUGAAGAUAUAUUGUAUUGUAUAAUUCUGUCCUCCUGUUGGAAAUGAUUUAACAAUAAAAUGCAAUUGUUUCAAAUA